AUGGCUGCCGCGGCUGCUGGCAGUCCUGACUUGGAUGAUGGCUCAAUAGGCCUUAAUACAUCUAAUAUAGGUUCCCAUGUUAAACCUACGGCACUCUCGAACCGCCUCAAUACAGUUCUAUCAACUUCAUAUACCGAUUCAGAUAUUCGCGAUGCAUUGGAAACAUUAGACAAAAGGAGUAUUCAAAAUACCGCAGAAACACGGAGAACCCUUCAUUUGGAUAUCCAGAAGGAGGUUAUAGAUUCCAAUGGUAGCAUUAUACAAGACUUUGGAAAGGUUGCGGAGCAACUCACUCGCAUCGGAGCUGCAAUUUCUAACCUUACCUCAAUAUGUGAGGAUAUGCGCCAUCAUAUUAGCCUUUCACGGCAGGAAACAAGUCCAAUGCUUGAAGAGGCAUCCGCACUACUUUCCCAAAAGCAUGAAGCCGAAACAAAACAGCAGCUCCUCAGUGCUUUCAAUCAGCAUUUUGUACUUUCCGAAGACGAGAUUUCAACAUUAACAUCCUCAUCAGAGCCUGUUGAUAACCGCUUUUUUGAUAUAUUGUCUCGACAAAAGCAGAUCCAUAAGGACUGCGAGCUACUGCUUGGUAGUGAAAAUCAGAGGCUGGGACUGGAGAUCAUGGAGCAAGGUUCAAAAAACCUAAAUUCGGCAUUCAUGAAGCUAUAUAAAUGGAUACAAAAGGAAUUCAAAUCCUUGAAUCUGGAAGACCCUCAAAUGAGCGCCCCUAUACGAAGAGGGCUCCGAGUAUUGGCAGAGAGACCCAGCCUGUUUCAUAGCUGUUUGGAUUUCUUCGCUGAGGCGCGCGAGUAUAUUCUAUCGGAUGCGUUCCACCAGGCAUUGACGGCAGCCAUUGCGGACGAGCUCCGUGAUUCCAGUACGAAACCUAUUGAAUUUUCUGCUCAUGACCCACUUCGAUAUGUGGGGGAUAUGCUUGCCUGGGUGCAUUCGGCAACAGUAUCGGAAAGAGAAGCUCUAGAGGCGCUCUUCGUAUCGGAUGGCGGUGAACUUGCAAAGGGCAUCGAGUCUGGUAAAAACAGUGAACCCUGGUCCCGCAUCGACGCAGAGGAGACCGUGUUUGAUGGCCAGAAGGCCUUGCGAGAACUGGUAACACGCGAUAUUGGUGGAGUUGCGCGCUCACUGAAGCAGAGGGUUGAGUUAGCGAUACAGGGCAUUGAUGAGUUGGUUACCUUGUAUAAAACUAUGAACCUUCUGCAUUUUUAUGAGUCCACAUUUACCAAGCUCCUCGGAUCAGAGUCGACACUAAUUGAGAAUGUCAUUUCGCUACAACGAUCCGCUUUCUCACGCUUUGAGUCCCUGGUUCAAGAUCAAACUGCAACAAUAAAAGGAGACCCGUCUGGCUUGAUUCCCCCCGAUAACUUAAGUCCACCAGAAUUUCUCACAGAUGCUAUUGAUGAUUUGGAGCAACUGAUGAAUGCCUAUAAUUCUUCUUUUCAGCAUGAGUCGACAGAUGAUGAAUCGUCCACUGAAAACAAGUUUACACCAAUCCUUCGAGCUGCCCUUGAUCCUUUUCUCGACCUUGCGAAGACAUCUUCUAAUGCGCUCUCUAAGCCAGUUUCAAAAGUAAUAUACCAGACAAAUUGUCUUCUUGCUGUUCGUGCUGCAAUAUCGAGUUUCAAGUUUGCAUCCACCACACAUCUACCACCACUAUCAGCGGCUCUAUCCUCUCUCAGGUUGAGCCUACUCGACAUCCAGCAGGAUUAUCUUCUGAAAGAGUCUGGUCUACAGAUACUAAUUACAGCACUUGAGCCAUUUGCCCCUAACGAUUCUACGGAUGAAGAGUCGCCAACAACCGCCUCGAGACCUCGAAACUUGAUUGAUAUAGUUUCGCUUCCAGAAUUUCAGCCGGAGUCCUUGUCCAGAGUCAGCCAACAACUGGACGAUUUCCUCCCAUCGGCUUUUGUCGAUGCUACAGAUAAUUUAAAACGCAUUAACAACCCUAGCUUGGUAAAAAGCGUAACGGAGGAAGCCGUGGAGGCGUUCUGCCGCGAUUUCGAGUUUGUGGAGAGUAUGGUUGUUGGCGCUGAUGAGGCGAGAGAGAGAGGCAGUCUUGCCGACACAGUUAGUAGUUCUUCAAAGACCGGGCAAGGAAAGGGAAAAGAAAAGGAGAGCCAAGAGGUCGACGCUCCGAAUGAGGGAUUUGGUGCUAUGGACAGCCCGUGGAGCUUGCGCGCGCUCUUCCCAAGGACAACAGGCGAGAUCAGAGUAUUGCUGAGCUAA